GUUGGGUUAUUUGUUUAUGUUUUAUAGCAACCGCUUUAUUACAUUGUCUCCUUCUUCUUCUUCUUCUUAUUCUUCAAAUAAAUCAAACAAACCCUUCUCACCUUCUUCUUGCGUUGCGUGUUCCAGAUCGUUACUCAACCGCUUCCGCUUCUUCACCGAUUCGAUUUAUUAGCAUGAUGAUAUGCCGCAAUUAAGGAGUGGUGAGCCCACUUUUCAUAUAGGAUGAAGAAAGAGUAUUGUACCAAAGAAUCUCUGUUAGUUGGAAGAUUGUAUAGGCCCCGUUCAUCUGGGUUGUGUCCUUUAGAUAUUUGUCAUCCAAGAUACAUCCAUCUUCUGUGAUCGGAUUCUUGUUUGGCAUGAGAUGCCCUAGUAAUUAUGCUGGAGAUACCGUGGCUAUAGGUAUGCUGACUAGUGACUACCAAUGUCUAGUGAUGCGAGAUGUUGAUUUGGGCUGUUACAGGAAUUUUAAGGAGGGCCGUGGAACUUUAUACAUAUCAUUGUUCUAGUAUGUGCUUUAAGGUUCUAAGAUAUGGAUGUUGGCAAACCUCAGUAGUAAUAUCUGCCCCGUGACUUGUUAAUGCUCUAGUCAAAUUCGUAUUGUUCUUAGUUUGGGAUCUGCUCUGGAGAUGGCGCUUCUUAGUGGGGUUGGGUAUAAUGAGUUUAGCUUUACCCUGUAUGAUUGUCAUGUAGCAUUCGCAGUAGACAAGUAUGCACUACGGCUAUGCAGAUUGGUAAUUUGAACCUUUAGUACAUACCAUUGAUGGUGACUGCUGUAGGACUGUGCCUCCACUCUUAACAUUAACUGCCCUUUUUGUUGGUGCAGUUUCUGAUUCUGCUAGUGCUAACAGUUAGUUCUCCAAUAAUUCAACAUCCAGUGGUUGGGAUUUGUUUUGUGCUGGAUGAUGCUAUAUUUUGGACUUGGACCUUUAAGUUUGCUGACAUGCAAGCUGUCAUGAGCUGGUCAUAAUCUUCACUUAUGAUUUCUGGAGGUUGUGGAAUGAAGUGAAACUAGUGUCAAGGUUUUGGUAGUCUAACCAGAUUGCAGAUGAGGGAUGCAUAAUAUCUUACUUCAAUGUUCAAGCGUACAUAUCCUAAUUUAAACUUCUUGCCUUAUUGUGGGGGACAAUGGAGGGUCUUAUGAGGACACAAACUUGUGUUUGAUUAUGAAGAAAAUUGAUUAGACUUGGAUAUGGGCAACAUGUUUUAAUCGUUAAUUUUCUGGUAAAAGGAAAAAUUUCCACAAGGAGAAAGCCAUACUACUUUCUUUGAAGCUUUUCCAUCAUUUUAGUGUAAAGCCAAUAUGCACAAGAAUGUGUAGGAAUGUAUUUACUAGAAAGAAAAUGUCAUAUACAAAACCUUUAUAAUUUGAAAUCAUACAAUGAUUUAAUCUCUAACUUGAUUUUUUGAACUAUUUAGUGUUUGGUUCUUAGAGAAAUCUGAAACUGAAUUUAAUUUAUGUUAAGGAAAAGCCCGUCAAUCUGUAUUAUUUUCUUAAGUUCCCCGUUUUCAAUAACUAAUGAUCUGAUAAAGCUUCAUGGCUAAGUGAGUUGUCAGUAUGUUUGGAAUGACUUAUUUUUGAGUAUGUCAAAAUGCUCAAGAUUAUUGUUUUUGGCAUAUAAACAAAUCAGAAUCUAUAACACAUACAUUUGCUUUAAUUUGACCCACCUUUUGUGAAUAAGUUUAUUUAGAAUUAUCUGGGCAUAUUAAGGGUAAGGAAUUCUGUGAAGCCUUCUCUCCUUUCUCAAAGAAAGCUGGGUUCUGAAUCUUCGGCUUAUAAAAUAAUGAGAUGUUUUAUUUUUAUUUUAACUUACUAUACAUUAAUGUAGAUUUGGAUCCUCUCCCACAAUUUCUAUAUAUCCCUCCUACAACAUCUGUUUUCUAUCUCUCUCUCUCUCAAUUAUUUUCUCUCCUAAUCACCUCAUUUUACCUCAAUCUUCUCUCUCCUGUCACUCUAUUUUUUUUUUUGUUGGAGAUGAUCCUAGUCCAUAUUAAUGCUAUUAUUUGAUCUGCUAUCGCAUCAAUGUAAGUUUUCUAUGUUAAUAUUUCUCCUGUCAACAUUUUGUCUAGAAGUAAGCCGCUUUUUCGUACUCUGUUCUGUAUGCCUUUAUCAAUGCAUUUCCUACAUUUUCCUUUUCUUCCAAAUAUACAUGUCUUUUUCAAAGGGGAAAUAUUUCUUUUUUGUUCUCAAAGCCUAUUACACUGUAUUUUUUCCUCCUAUUUUAUACAAAAAGGUUUUUGUCUUGAACUAUUUGUAUUUUUUUUGCUGGUCUCUGGAAUUUACUUAAUGUGUGUGUGGUUCUUUGGUCUUGUCUUGUUUACUGAUUAGAUUAGAAGGCACAGAUAUGAGUGUUUCCCCACUCUUUGCUUGUGGCCUCUGCACAAUUAAUUAUCUUGUUCGGAUGCAGGAAAUGGUUAUAAAAUGCUAACACCUUCUAACACUUGGUAAACCUAGCCAGGUAAUAUCUGAUGCGUUAGUCAUCCUAUUUUCCAAUCCCUCCUCUUUUUAUUAAGUCAAAUCUGAAUUCAUGCUUCCAUUAUUAAAAACUUAGAGUGAGGAUCCAUCAUAUAAUUUAAAUCUCAACAAUGUCAUAUUUCUUUCUUGUUGUUCACAUUUCCCUCCUCUGUUUUCUUGCCUUAGACUAGAAGCUGCUCUUUCUGUAUCAGUGGAAAUAGGGCCUGAGUAUAUUGGCUUCAAGUUAGUGACUUAUUUGGGCUGAUGAUUAUCCAUUAUUAUUAAGGAGACUUGAGUGGCUAGUGUUUAGUGUUUACGGUCUAGUUAGUAGAUUGGUUGCGAAUUCCUUUGAUCUUCCACAAAUAAUUGCCUGUGGUGAUUAUCCUCUUUGGUCGAAUUGUUGUAGCUGUUGUUUAUGCUUCUAUUUUCAUUCAUGCAUAUUGAUGACAUUUUAACUCACCAAGCUUAUUUAAAUCUUCAUUUUGCAUGCAAUUUUUGAUAGUGUCAAUGUCCUUUGAAUGGUAGCAUUGAACUGUUUGUUGGCCAAUUAAACAUAUCACCUAAAUCGUAAUAUUCAUAAAGCUCGUGUACUAUUUUUUACUUAUCUAGUCAAAAGAGUAUGUUGGUAUGUAUCACUGAUAAUGCAGGGCCGAACAGGACCAAUAGAGUAUGUUGGAAUCAUAAUAGUUUAGAUUCAAUUGAGUAUUUAAUAGCAGUUUCUUUUUCUUCAUAAGCUGUACCCAUUGUGAAGCUCUGGCAUCUUAUAAAAUUUUGUGGAUUAUUAGUUGUUUUUUAAUAUUGAAUUGUUGAAUGCUUUUUUGCGUUGUAGGUUGAAUUAUUUGCAUAUCUGACUCAAUUACACUAUUUUUUACUAUUGGGGGUUGCAAGUGCAAUUAUGGGGCAUAGACACUUAUUCAAUGCAUCUCCAAUGUUUGAGGGCGAGGCUGACCCGAAUUGGAAUAAUAUGCUGACUGAUCAACAUCAUGUGAACCAUGGUGGGACCAGCUCUUCAGAAAAUGGUUCUUUUAUUUAUCCUGUGGAAAAUAUGUCUAUAGAUAACAUUUAUUUCCCUUCUCAUUGGAACGCCAACACAAGGUCAAAUGGAUAUGCAUCCUCAGGCCCCAAUAUUGAAGUACCACCUCCUCAUCAAUUGGACACAUCGGGCACUUCUACUAAUGAUCAUUUUAUGCAUUCGUCUAGUGCUGGACCUUUCUUUGCAGUAUCUGAAAACUUUGUACACCAGCCUUCUUCUUCCAAUUAUGACAGACAAGCAUUUCAUGUUGAUAGUGGUUUUAUUGAUCUUACAAUGGGGAGUGGACGAGCGCAUCACAAGAGGAAGAGCCCUGGAAUUCCUUCAGUCUAUGAGAGAGGCAGUUCAAGUGGGUAUUUCAAUGCUGGGACUUCAAGUGAUCUUCCGAUACCUCCAGAAUCAUGGCCAGAGAAACCAAAUAUGGAUCCUCAAUAUAUGCCUUGGGAUCAUGCUGCUAUGGCACCCACAUUCAGAGGUGCUGGUCUCUCAAUGAAGGGUGAGAGUUCUGUAAGGAAUGUUAGGAGCCGUUCUUCACUUGAUUUGGAAUCCAACCUGUGUAGGACCCAUUUAUCAAGUAGCCAUUCACACAACUCGUAUCCUACUGUCCCACCAGUCAGCCAUUCUAGCUUGGCGGAUCUUUCUCAGGUUUCCACCUCUCUGACAAGGGAUUGGAGCCAAAUGAACGUAACUCCUGCUAAUGGAAGAGUGUUAUUACCAGAUGCUAGUACUUUUGGUCUUGAGACAAGUCACUUCCCUGUUGGAAAUGCUGCUGCUGCUGCCGCUGCUAGUAAUGCUACUGUAGAUGUUGGAAGCUUCCAUCAUGAUUUUGGCACAAGCAGAAACCCUACUACUGCUCAAAGUUUUCAAAAUUUAACUCAGACUGCUAGGGGAACUCGAAGUAAUUACUCUCAGAGAUCCACUCCAGCUUAUAGGGCUUCUUCAAGCUUGCGCUUGGGUCAAGCGACACCUUCAGAUAAUGGGUUGCCCAUGGUAGCUGAAGGUUACCCUUCUAGACAUCCAAGGCCAUUGAACACUGUUGGCUGGCGGAACAGUGACAGAAAUGGAAGGUCAAGAAUUUCUAGUGAAAGAUAUAGAUCACUGGCUGAUCAGGCUGCUCUCCAUGCAAGAUUAUCAUCCUCUGAGGUACCGGGUUUUAUGAUUGUUGAGCGUGCCUCACUAUAUGGUUCUAGGAAUGUGCUUGAUCAGCACAGAGAAAUGAGGAUGGACAUUGAUAACAUGAGCUAUGAGGAACUACUUGCACUUGGGGAGAGGAUUGGCCAAGUGAACACAGGAUUGUCUGAGGAUGUUCUUUCCAAGUGUGUGACAGAAACAAUAUAUUGUUCAUCUGACCAAUGUCAGGAUGAAGGAAGCUGUGUGAUCUGUCUGGAAGAGUACAAGAACAUGGACGAUGUUGGGACACUUAAAACUUGUGGACAUGACUACCAUGUAAGCUGCAUCAAAAAGUGGUUAUCUAUGAAGAAACUAUGUCCUAUCUGCAAAUCUUCUGCUUUGCCUGAGGAUAAGAAGGAUAAAUAAUUUAUACUAUAGUAUUUAUAGUAUUUAUUGAUCUCAUUUGUACAUAUAUUUGGACGUCCUUCAAAUUGAGGAAACAGACUGGCUUUUGGAAAUGGUGUAACAAGAAUGCUACUGCAUGUCAAUGUAUUUGUUUGGCUUCGAUCUUAAUUUAGUGAAGCCUAGAAAUCAUUGUGAAUUUGAAACGGAUCUGGUUUGCUUCUAUUUUUAAUAACAAAAGAAACUAAAGUUAAGAUCAA